UCGCAGAAGUAUUUUACUUCAACGAGUUUCAGUUGUUGUUGUUUAAGACGUUCUCUUUGAUUUUGCUGUUUACUUUCAUAUUGAUUAUUUUGUCUUGGAGAGUGUAUGGAAAACGUAUUUCGGAACGAUUUAUGAGGCCCGCAACUUCGGCAACAAUUGAACAACUGAAAGAGAGUGUAUCCAAACUAAAACUCCCUAAAGAGCACACACCAAGGAUCUAAUCCAAGUAAAAAUGGCAGACAAAAUAAAGAACUUUUUCAAGAAAAAGAAGGCCGAUGCUAAAUUCAAGCUAGCUGGGCCCGGUCAUAAACUCAGUGAAUCUACAAUAAGUAGUCAAUCAUCAAAUCAUGCUAAGAAUGUCCGCACUGUGGUACGAUCAGGACUUUCGGAAGAAAGUAAGGUAGCUGCGGAGGCUGCGCUGGCGAGACUACAACAGACUAGAGAUAACCCAGCUUUUAAUACGUCUUUAGCUGCUAUAAAAGCACAAGUAAAGAGGGAGUUGGAAAAUGAAAAGGCAACCAGCUCCAAAUCAAUCACUGAACCACGAGAGUCAAUAGAAAAAGUUGAAAUAGAAUGUGAUGUGCCUAAAAAUUUUGCAGCAUCUGGAGUUUAUUUCAAAUGCCCUCUUAUAAGCAAUGACAUUCUACCUCGCGAUGAAUGGAAGAGAAACAUUAAAACAUUCCUGUACGAACAGUUGGAGGAUGAGCGAGGACUCACCGCCUGUCUCAUCAUACAGUCCUGCAAUAGUAACAGGGAAAAGGUUGAAACAUGUGUGGAGACUCUUUGCAAGUAUUUAGAGAAUAUUGUGACUUAUCCUGAAGAGGAGAAGUACCAAAAAAUUCGUAUGUCAAACAGAGUGUUCUGUGAGCGCGUUCAACCCAUAGAAGGAGCGAUGGAACUGUUAUUGGCCGCUGGGUUCACUCAACAGAAGCUGACUAAUGCGGACGGUGUGGAGGAAGACUUUCUGGUGUUCAAUAAAGACAAUGUGCCUUCAGUGGAAAGUUUGAUAAGCUUAAUAGAUGCAUUGAGAACAGCGGAACCAAUCCAACUAGAGUUAGACCGGAACCUACAAGUGUUACUGCCUUCGCAAUCCGCCAACAAGAUGCAGCUCCCGCCUUCCUUCUUCGCUCUCACGCCUGAGGAACUGAAGAAGGAGCAACAGCUUAGGACUGAAGCAAUGGAGAAGAGUCAAAUGCUGCGCACUAAGGCGAUGCGAGAAAAGGACGAGCUGAGAGAGAUGCGAAAAUACAAGUUUGCAAUCAUCCGGAUCAGAUUCCCGGACGGCAUAUUAUUACAAGGGACAUUUUCCGUUUACGAACGCUACCAAGACAUUCAUGAUUUCGUACAAGAAAACCUCGAACACAGCGGCCUGCCGUUCAUCCUCAACACACCAACAGGACACAAGUUAAUAGAAGAAGAGGACGCAAAUAAGACCCUUAUCGACCUUCGCCUAGUACCAGCAACAGUGCUCACAUUCGCUUGGCACAAUUCCAUAAUAGAAGACAUUAAUCAAAGCCCAAAUAAAGAUGUGUAUUUGAAACCUGAAGUGAUGGUUUUAGUGCAAGAGAUUUAAGAUUUAUUUUGAUGUUUUUGUUAAGAGAAAUAGAUUUUAUGCUUCUUUAAAGACUGCCUUAUCAUUUUAUGUAGUAAGCUGAUUCUAUACAAAAAAAAACUCGAAUUAUUAUUUCCGUAUUUAUAGGUUCCUAGAGUUUUUUCUAAAACUAAAAAUGUAAUUUCUUUCAUACAUCAGCAAAAUUUUUGAAAUAAAAACAGAUAGUACAGAAGGUAAAACAAGAAUCUUAAAGAUUUAUUUUACUUUAAAUAGCGAUACUCUCGAGAAGUUUAGGAAUUUUCAAAAGGUGCUUGGACCAGAGACAAUUUUUUUUAUUUUUUGUAUAAAAUCAGCUAAAAUUGUCUUAUCA